GUGCUACGUCAGAGGGGUCCUUGCACGACAAUGUCGCUUCUUAAGGAAAGACAAGCGGAAUAACAACAUAGCACUGGAAAUAACAGCAUUUGUUAUUUAUUUGUGGGCUUCAAGCGUUGUAUUCCAGACUUUAGGUCCAGGAGAACUCUUUACAUAAAAUUUACAUAAUCGGCAAAUUUAUAUUACGCUGAACGUAGACAUUGUUUUCUGUGGACUAAGAUAGCUGCAUAACUGGCUUACAAUUCAGCUGGCUAAUUAGGAUUAGUUGCGGAAAUAAAGAAUGGCGGCGCCGGGCCAUAUAGAGGUGACCGUUAAGACUCUGGAUUCUCAGAGCAGAAGUUACACCGUUUCGGGACAGAUGACGGUGAGAGAGUUUAAGGAACACAUAGCUGCCUCUGUGGAGAUCCCUGUGGACAAGCAGAGGCUGAUCUACCAGGGCCGGGUGCUGCAGGAUGACAAGACACUGGCCGAGUACAAUGUGGAUGGGAAGGUCAUUCACCUGGUAGAGCGGGCCCCUCCUCAGACCUCACACCCGGGGGGUGGGGCCGGGGGUGUCCCUGGGACAGGAGGGACCGCAGAGGGGGCGGGGUCCUCCUCCCACUCCUCCACCUCCACCGGCACCGGCCAGGGAGGUCCUCACGACCGCAACGCCAACAGCUACGUCAUGCUGGGAACCUUCAACCUGCCGGUCAACAUCAUGGACCCCCAGCAGAUACAGAUGUCAGUGCAGCAGAUGAUGCAGCAGGUGGGUGAGGGUGGCAGGACUGCCAGAGUCAGCAGCAGCACAGGAAGCAAUGGAAACGUGGACGUUCAUAUCAACGUGGACCAAUCACUGCAGAGUGAGCCCAGAAUGAGGCUCCUAUUGGCUGAGAACCUGCUAAGGGACAUUCAGGCUGUUCUGCACAGACUGGAGGGUCAGGCCAGUGAUGCUGCAGCCCAGCAGGAUCCUGCCUCCAGCUCUCCCUCUUCCUCAUCCCCCUCCUCUUCCUCCCAACCUAUGGACACCUCCCCCCCUCCACCCCCCCCACCCUCAACCUCCUCCUCCUCCACCCAGACGGGCCCCUCCCCCCACUCCGGACCAAAUCACCCCAGUCCUGACGACCUGGUGGAAGUGAUGUCAGAGAUGAGGCGCCUGGGGGAGGGGCUUCAGCCAUACCUGCAGCGAGCCCACGCCAUCCUGGGCACCGCGACAACAGCGGACUACAACAACAACACUCAGGAGAGAGAGGAAGACCAGCGCACUCUCAACCUGGUGGGGGAAGCCCUCCGUCUCCUGGGCAACGGCCUGGUUGCCCUGAGCGACCUGCGCUGUAACCUGGCGUCUCCCCCUCCCCGGCACCUGCACGUGGUUCGGCCCAUGUCCCACUACGCCUCCCCCGUGGUGCUGCCCGGUGGCGUGUCCCACAUCCCCGUGCCGAUUAGUCUGGGCACCACGGUGACCAUGACGACCAAUGGCAGGCAGGCAGGGGAGGGUCAGACCCAGCCCCCUCCGCCCUCUGGCCAAUCAGAGCAGCAGGGGCAGGCCCCGCCCCCUCAGCCUGGCUCAGCCAAUCAGCAGCCUGGGCAGGGGCAGCCGAGGGUGAUCAGGAUAACGCACCAGACCAUGGAGCCCGUGGUUAUGAUGCAGAUGAACCUGGACGGCUCUGGAAGUGGGAAUCAGGCUCCUGGACAGCAGAACCCUGCUGGACCUGGACAAACCGGUCCCGCUCCUGCCAUACACGUCCCUGGUCUCCCCCCCGAGUUCAUGCAGGCCAUCGUACACCAGAUCUCCCAGCAGGCCGUUGCCAUGGCUACAGCAGCCACGGCGGGGCAGCAGGCGGGGCAGCCGCCAGCCGGGGGCGUCGGCUCGAACCUGGGCGCCGACCCCACCUCAGCCCCGCCCCCUCCUCCCCCGCCACAGGCCAGGGUGGUCAUAACCCGCCCCUCGCUCUCCCCCAGAAUGCCCCCGCCCCCCAUGGGCCCCAGGGGGGCAACUAUUAACCUGAGGGCAGCAGUGCCCCCCUCUGCAGGGCAGCAGCCGGGGCCGGCCGGCCCCUUCCCCCCCUCUGCUCUGUCUCAGAUGAUCAGCGGUCUGAUGGGGCAGCUGCUGAUGCCGGGGAACAUGACCGAUCAGACCACAAGCUCCUCUUCCACCCAUACCUUUUCCUUUUCGUCCUCCUCUUCUUCCUCCUCCUCCUCCUCUUCCUCCUCCUCUUUCUCCACCACGGCCCCUCCGCCCCCCUCCUCCGCCAACACCUCCGGCCAGACCUUCACUGGCACCACAAGCACCGCCUCCACCGGACCCGCGGCUCCGCCCCCGGAUGCCCCGCCCCCAGAUGCCCCGCCCCCGGAGGCCUCGCCCGAGGGGAACCUGGCCCAGCUGCUGGGCUCCCUCCUGGGGGGCGUGGCCUCUGCUGGGGGGGCAGGAGGCGCCCCCUCCAUCACGGUGACCCUGCCAGGGGUCCCCUCCUUCAUACAGGGCAUGGCUGAUUUCGUGCAGGCCAACCAGCCGGUCUUCGCCCCUCCCCCUGGGGGCCAGCAGCCCCCCCCCGCCCCUGGGGCCCCCUCUGCCCCACCCCCUCCCUCUGCCCCGCCCCCUCCCUCGGCCACGCCCGGGUCUGGCGGGGGGGAGGCCCUGAGCCCAGAGCUGUUCACGGGCAUCGUGCAGGGCGUGCUGUCCGCCAUGAUGGGGUCGCUGGGGGCGUCCCAGAACAACACAGAGAGCAUCGCCCAGUUCAUCCAGCGCCUGUCCCAAACCACCAACAUCUUCACUCCCGGGACUGGGGACGCCGUGGGCUUCUUUGGGGACCUGCUGUCCCUGGUGUGCCAGAGCUUCUCCAUGGUGGACAUGGUUCUGCUGCUGCAUGGACAGCACCAGCCUCUGACCCGGAUCCAACCGCAGCUCAACCAGUUCUUCACCGAACACUACCUGCACGGGCGUGAGCCCACUGACGCCAACAUCGCUGCAGCAUCUGAGGAGCUCAUAAAUGAACUGGAGGAGUACAUCCAGGAGAGCUUUUCUACGGUGACGGUACGGGAGGGAGUGGACAUCACUCGGACCAACAUCUCCUUCCUGAGGCUGCAGUUCACACGCAUCGCUGCGCACAUCCUGCGCUGCACAGACCAGACGUUUGGGCCGCGGCUGCUGCUGCUGUGCACGCAGGGUCUGUUUGAGUGCCUGGCCCUCAACCUGUACUGCCUGAGAGGAGAGCAGAGAGCGCUGACUGCCGUCAUCAACCACCGCAUCAGGAGGAUGUCUGCAGAGGUAAACCCCAGCCUGGUCAACUGGCUCACCAGCAUGAUGUCUAUGAGACUCCACAUCAUACUGGAGCACAACCCGGUUACUGAGGACCAGAUCCAGCAUUACAUCAUCCACACACAGGGCGAGUCCACAGAGAGGGCGGAGUCUGUGCCACAGGCAGAGGUGCAGAAUGUGGAGAUGGAGGAAACGCUCUCUCCUGCCCCGGCCACAACGGCGGAGGAGGCCAUGGCGUCGUCGCGGGAAACGGGGGAGCCGGGGGGGUCUGGGGACACCCCUGCGCCCGCCCGGGAGACCAGGGGGGCCGUCGCCAUGGCAGCGGCAGGGAGGGAGGAGCCUGGGGGAGAGGCGGAGCCCUGGGCUGCAGCCCUUCCUCCUGAGUGGGGGCCCAUUAUAGCUCAGGACCUGCAGUAUCAGAGGAAGAUGAAGGCCCAGCCCCCCCUGUCUGAUGCGUACCUGCAGGGCAUGCCCGCCAAGCGCAGGAAGACUGUGCAGGGGGAGGGGCCUCCGCUCUCUCUCUCUGAGGCUGUGAACAGAGCGGCACGCUCAGCGGGGGUUCGACCUGUCACUUCCCCCGACAGCCUGCAGGAGGAGCUAGAGAGGCCAGAGCUGCAGGAGGCCUACACAGAGCAGGUAAAGAGUGACAUGCGAAAGAGGAUCAGGGAGGACCCAGACUUCAGCGUGCAGCGUUUCCCCAACACACACCGCGCUUUCUUCUCCGACGCCUAACCCCAUUGGCCGUCGCACGUGUCAAUCACUCUGACCUGCCCCGUCUUUCCGCCUCUGUGACUGAAAAUAGCUGCAGCUGACACGCGCUUGUGUUCCAGCGCCUACCCGCCUGUUCCGUGUCCCUGCCCCAUUUCCGCUUUCGUCAGAUGUACCCAGCGGUAGGCCUACCAGCUCAUUGGCUGGCGUUCCUGUCAGUCGUACAAUCAUCAUCACUCAUUGGGCAGAAUUAAGACAGUGUGCAGCAGUAUUGGUAACCUGUCAGUCUCCCAUUCUUACUCCUGUUAUUGUGCCAGAAACGUCGCUCCCACCCCUUUCUCUCUUUCGUUUGCCCUGAAUGGACAGCUAAGUGCAGGUCCGCGACGUGAAUGAGCCCGAAGCAUCUAUGAUGGAGCUGGAGGGAUGGGGGUGCGAGGAGAGGAAGAGAGUGAGAGUGAGCCGGAGAUGGAAAAGGACAGAGUGAAAGAACGAGAGAGAGAGGGGGAGGUAGGGCAUUAACCAAAUAAGAGAUCCUUUAUGAAAACGAUGAUGUCCUGCUCAUCAACCUGCCCAUCAGCUUCGCCCUGAUUGGCCAGCAUCAGGACUCCUGUUGCUAACCGAUCAUCAGGUUCACCGUGAUUGGUUUCGGGACUGCUGUUGAUAAGCACUCCUCAGAUUUGCCAUGAUUGGCCAGCGUCAGGACUCCUGUUGCUAAGCGUUCGUCAGGUUGGCCAAAUUCUGCUCUCCUUAAGAUCUUUUCUGUGACUCUUCCCACCAACCCCCACUGUACCAGGCUGUAGUUAUGAGUUCUGCCUGAGAAUGAAUAACCUGAAAACUGUACAGGGUCCUAAUAAGUAAACUAAUGAGUGAACAAAAAAACAUUAUGUCUGCAGGUAAAUGGUUAAUAGUAUUAUGGGAUUGGCAUCUGUCAGACUACUGAUUUAGCUGAAUUAUGCCAUUAGAGUCCCAGGUACAGGUGUACUGGUCAUUUAUGGUUUGUUUUUUUUUUUAGAUUAAUGACCGACAAAUUUGUUGGUAUUUCAAUUAAUUGCCAAGAUAAUGAAUGUUUUAGGUAAAUGGAAAAAGUGUCAACAUAAGCUGUAAUAUAGGGUGCAAUCAGAAAGAAGAGCCAUGUUUUUAAUGUUACUCCAGUAAGAAUGCGGCUGUUGUGUGGGCCGUAUUUGUUGUAAAAAGUUUGUUCUCUCUUUUGCUUAUUAUUAGAAACUACUCUCAAAUAAAGAUGUUUAAACUCCAAGUAACCUUA